CCCCGGGUCCUGCGAGCACUUCUUUAGGGGGGAUUGCGUGCCUUCGGCAGGCUCGGGGGAUGCGUCCUCCCGAUGGAUUGGGUUCUUUGCGAACGAAUCAAUCUCCCGUCGCUGGCCGUGACAGGUUGAGGCGCUCGGUAUGGGAAUCACGUCUGGUUUUAAUGCAAUAUGGCUGGUAAAUAAAACCUGAUUGCUAACAGCCCCGCCGCUGCUGUCGGCGUUGCCGAGCUCAAGGCUCUCCCGAUGCAGCUCUGCAUCCUCACCUGCCGCAGAAACUCCGAUUCACCCUUCAGGCAGUGCAGCAGGGCUCGCUUGUUUUUGCUGUGGGGUAGCAGGGGAAAAACUGCGGUUAGUGUGCCUUUGACCUCUGCUCGAGUGCCUCUGGGCACUUCUCCCUAUCAGCGUUUGAACAGCUGGCUCUGGUAGCACCGUCUUCAUGCCGGGCACAUCUCCAGCCGGGGGGAUGGCACGCAGGACAGGCUCUUGUCCGCUGUGCUCUGAAUUUAGGAUGCGAAGCGUUCAGAGAUCUGAGCUUUGAUGUGAAGACCUCAACCAAAAUAUCUGCAGAGAGCCUGUGCUUCAGCCCUAAUCAGUCUUAAUGAGCAAAACUUGUCCAAAAUUAGGAGAGAAGAUGGCCAUCAACUGGAAGGUCUGCUUCUUCAGCCUCGUAUUGCUUCCUGUGGUUGCAGCAACCCAUUCCAACUGCAUCAUUAAAAAGGAGCAGGAGACUUGUCUGGAGAAGAUCCGGAGGGCGACGGCCCUGAACCCUCUCAAUGAUUCUUCUCCAGGUUGCCCAGGAAUGUGGGACAAUAUCACAUGCUGGAAACCUGCAAGUGUGGGAGAAAUUGUUUUUGUCAAGUGUCCUGCACUGUUCAGAUUUAUCAUCUCUGAAGAUGGUUGGGAAGUGGAUAAUUUGGGGCAAACCCACGCAGGUGAUUAUGACCUGCUGGAAAGCACAGCCCAGUCUCUCCUAGGGGACAUCAGCAGGAAUUGCACUGAAGAUGGCUGGUCUGAACCUUUCCCUCAUUAUUAUGAUGCCUGUGGCUUCGAUGAGAACGAAACAGAGUCGGAUAACCAGGAUUACUACUAUCUCUCAGUGAAGGCUCUGUACACGGUGGGAUACAGCACUUCCCUGGUGUCCCUCACCACUGCCAUGGUCAUCCUGUGUCGCUUCAGGAAGCUUCACUGCACUCGGAAUUUCAUCCACAUGAACCUCUUUGUUUCAUUCAUCCUCCGUGCAAUAUCUGUGUUCAUUAAGGAUGGGGUUCUUUAUGCUGAGCAGGAUGGAAACCACUGUUUUAUCUCCACGGUGGAAUGCAAAGCAGUGAUGGUGUUUUUUCACUACUGUGUCAUGUCCAACUACUUCUGGCUGUUCAUCGAGGGGCUGUACCUCUUCACUUUGUUGGUGGAAACCUUCUUCCCAGAGAGGAGAUAUUUCUACUGGUACACAAUCAUUGGCUGGGGUACCCCAACAAUUUGUGUCACUGUCUGGGCAGUGCUGAGGCUUCACUUCGAUGACACUGGCUGCUGGGACAUGAAUGACAACACUGCCUUGUGGUGGGUGAUCAAGGGUCCUGUGGUUGGGUCAAUCAUGAUAAACUUUGUGCUUUUUAUUGGCAUAAUUGUAAUACUUGUGCAGAAACUCCAGUCACCUGAUAUCGGGGGCAAUGAAUCCAGCAUUUACUUCAGCUGCGUUCAGAAAUGCUACUGUAAGCCUAAGAGGGCUAACCAGCACUCUUGCAAGAUGUCAGAACUAUCAACCAUUACCCUGAGACUGGCUCGCUCCACCCUGCUGCUGAUCCCCUUGUUUGGAAUUCACUACACGGUGUUUGCCUUUUCUCCUGAGAAUGUCAGUAAGAGGGAGAGACUGGUGUUUGAGUUGGGACUGGGAUCCUUCCAGGGUUUUGUUGUUGCUGUUCUCUACUGCUUCUUGAAUGGGGAGGUGCAAUCAGAAAUAAAGAGAAAAUGGAGGAGCUGGAAAGUCAACCGGUAUUUUGCUGUGGAUUUCAAACAUCGCCAUCCUUCUCUAGCGAGCAGCGGAGUGAACGGGGGGACACAACUCUCCAUUCUGAGCAAGAGCAGCUCUCAGAUUCGGAUGUCCAGCAUAAAUGCAGAGAACCUGGCGACAUGAGCAGCUGAGGAGAGCAAAGCAACCGACGAGCAAACCAAAAACCAUCCUUGAAAAAGAAAAAAAUGAAAUAAUAGUUUUGGUGGUGGUGCAGGUCUCCCUUUCCUUUCCUUUCCUUUCCUUUCCUUUCCU